AUGGGUGGAAAAUUAAUGAAGUGGCUGCUAAAGGGAGCAGUGCUAUUUUUGGUUUGUGAGGCUUGGAAUUGGAAGGACUUGUUCGGCCGGAAAGAGGAGGGUGGAGCGGCGCUGCCGAACUAUGCUUUGGGGCGCGAAAUCGACUACGACGUGGUCAUUAGUCCCGGGUGUGCGCGAUUGCUGGACGAACUGACUGCCCAGACGGGUGUCGAGAUGGGUGCGCCAGUAUUGUCCAGGGAGCCAGUGUUGUCCAGGGAGCCAGUGUCAUUGGAGAUACUGAACCGGUUGGUGGUGUACGGGCACGGCGCGUGUGCGCGUGCUUUGGCGUAUACGAACAGUCGUUCGCCGCGAAGUGUGUUGGAGCGGGACACGGUGUCGCGUUUGCCGUUUUCGAACAUUCGUGAGGAGGGGCAGCAUGCUUUGCCAGCGUUAUUGGUUACUCCUGCCUGUGCGAAAAUGAGUUAUAUCAACAUUUUUUACGAGACCAAGUCGGAUGACGUUGAGUCGCGCGGGAAACUGCGUCGUUACGUUAAUUGGCACAAUCGCCGGUUGAAGCGGCAUCUGUUGGAGUGGCCGAAGCGCAGUUUCGAUGAUCCAUACGCUCACCGUGGAAAUAAUUUACUGCUGCCUUCUUACUUUGAAGGCAUCGACGCGUUCGUCCGUCCUUUCUUCCCCGUCGGAAGAAACAAACGCUGCGUCACCCGCAAACGUCUUCGCGCCGGGCCCCUUCCGCCGAAACUCUGUCACCAUGACCUGCAGUUGAAGAAGGAGUUCGCCGAAUUUGGAGACCUAAUUAUCGGAAAUUACAUUGACUCAUACCGCGCACUCAGCCUCAAGACAAGCACCAUUCUUAGAUACGUCAAUGCUUGUAAUAAUGAACAUAGAAGAGUCCUUGAAAACACACUGGUUCAUAACGACACCAACGCUAAGACAGGAAGCAAUUUUUCUGUUAAUGCCGAACAAGUACAGCUUGCCGAACAAGUACAUCUUGCCGAACAAGUACAUCUUGCCGAACAAGUACAUCUUGCCGAACAAGUACAUCUUGCCGAACAAGUACAUCUUGCCGAACAAGUACAUCUUGCCGAACAAGUACAUCUUGCCGAACAAGUACAUCUUGCCGAACAAGUACAGCUAGUCGGAAAUGGGAAGGUCCCGCAGCCGUUUGGAGGUGAAGCCGGCGCAGACGAGUGCGACGGAGAGGCUGCGCCACGGCGCGAGUUAAUAGGGGAGUUAAACGAGUUAUUAGAUCGCGCGCGAUUUGCACUGAUACCGAUCGAAAGUAAACAAACCAAAGAGACGAUGUCAUACAUUGAUUUUCGGCACUGGCAAUGGAUGGUGAAGAGUGACGACAAUAUGGUGAUAAAUGUUCCAGCAUUGUUUUAUUACCUGUUGAGUCGUCAUCGUAAGUCGAUCGAAGAUUUGCUUGCCACCACAAGGCAGAAUUCUAGAUUUAAUCCGGAUAAGUUAUUUCUAUGGUUAGGUGUACGUAAUCGUAACAUGAAAGUAUUACGAGAAGUAUCACAUAAGAAUCAUGAAGAAAAUUACGUAGGGGAAAGGUAUCCGCCAUAUCUAUCAGGAGGGUUCUAUAUGAUGAAUAAUGCAGUGGUGGAUAGGUUAGCUGGUGAAUAUAAAGCUAAUCAGACGUUUUGGGCUAAUGAGGAUGCAAUGAUUGGGAUAAUGGCGGAUAGGAGUAAUCGUCGGUCAGUGGGUCUUGAUCCAUCAGGUGAGAUCUUAACAAACAAUCAGGAGUCUCCAAUGGCUGAGUUAGUACAUCUGGUAGGUGUUGACAAUGGUGAAAAAGCCCGUAUACCGUUACCUCAUCCAUUGGUCGACUUUGAUUUUAGUUAUGAUAAUGUUACCCAAGCUAAAUUUAACUACUGGUCAAAAUAUCCUCAAGCCGACUUACGAAGAGAUAUAAAUAUUGGAGAAGACCCUAUCUAUUUCCUAGGCCCUGAAUCAGCACCACGCAUCGCAACAUUACCAACACCAUAUCUUAUACUCGAUCUUUGCGGCUCCAAGUUUUAUCAGACGGAUGAACAAAUGAAACUUAUGGUCAAACAUUUCCGAGGAAAAUGGCCUAGCAAACCGGUCAAACCUUACAAACCAAAAUCAGAUCAUCAAGCUGUUACCUUUAUUGAUGAAUGCGAUUGUAAUAAAUGGCUCUCUACUCCUAGAGCUGUCGACCGACGAUGGACCACCAAGAUUUACGAAGCCUUAGACCGCUGCCACAUCGCCGACCACUGGGUAGAUGACAGUCUUUAA